UUUUCCAGAAGUGAAUUCAAACGCAAAGCUUAUUACAAAUAUUGAGGUGUUUUUGGUAUAAUUGAAAUUACACGAUAUUAAGUUAAUCUAUAAAUGAGAAAUGGUCGAUAUACCGUGCUCUUGUACUGACGAAAAACUUACGGAUUACGAGGACGAGAAAUUAUCCGCGCUUGGUCCGCGUACAAACGAAGUUUACCGAACCUACAAUCUUCCAUCAAGAUUCAUAUAUCCAAAAAUUUUUAAAGGUUACGGUCAGGAGAAUCCUCCUCAUCCUUGCUACUGGAGAACUUCUAUGGAUUAUGGCUGGCACGCACCAACCAUUCAUACAGUGCCGACGUUUUAUUAUCCUCGAAACCAUUCUUUCAGCGCUGAACUUGGUCGCGCCGGGAUGUACCGGAAUUGUUCUCUCAAUACAGAACUUGACAAGUCGUUAUUUUAA